GGCAACGAUCAUAAAUGGCGGGGAAUUUGGUGUCAGGAUUGUCAACUGUAAACCUACAACAGGUGUCCUAGGAGAUGUGUCAGAUAGAGUGAUGAUGAUGUCUUGACAUUGGUCCAUGCAGUACAGAAAACACCACAGCUCACAGGGGUCACCAUGGUUAAAGCGGACAAGAAGAAGCAGGCACCUGAAGAUAAGCAAGAUGGAGACAAGCAGAGAUCAAUAUCGUCAUUCUUUGAGAAGAGCUCUGCACCUGGAGCUGACCAGAGGAAGCUGUUCUCCAGUGUGGGAUCUAAACUGUCCAUGAGGAAACCAUCCACUUCAGCUCAGCAAGGAAAACCGCUGUUCCCAACCACCCAGGAGAAACCAGCACUCUCAAUCCAACAACAGUCAGGGCCCGGCAAGUUUACCGGAGUUAAACAACAACAUGGUGCGAAUGACAAAAAGUGUGAAAUGGAACCAAGAAGUAUACCCGAAACUCAGUUCCUCUCACCUGACAAGUCAUGUGAUCCUGUUGCCAUGGUUACUGAGAGUCCCGACAUCAUGAUACCCGACACACCCGAGGAGGCCAAAAUGGGGAAGAUGAAGAAAAAGAUAUUCAUCAGUCGAAGCUUCCUCAGUGUCAAUAGCAACCCCAUCACCAGAGCCCCGCCGCCGAAAGUGGUGAAGAAACAUAAAUCUAUGUUGACUGGCAUGGUGUCCGUGUCUUUCAACAGUCCUGGUGACAACUCAGAUGAUGUGGCAAUAGAGAGAGGGUUAGUGAGGGAGGAUGCUGUUCUGGAUGCUCCAGGUGAUGACGGUUCCGAGGCACAGACCCCAACUAAAACAUACAAAUGUGAUCGUGUUAAACGGCUGGCAAAAUCUGGCAUAUCACCCUCAUCAAAACGAACUUUGUAUGCGGAUUCCGAUGUCAUGCAGGACAGAGACACUUGCUCAUUAGAAAACAGAGUUGCUCAUGCUUCAGACAUCAAGGGUAAGAGUAAACCCCUGCCUGAAUCUGUCCCAGAGAGGAAGACGAGGGUGGAGAGGAUUCUGUCCCACAUGAGUGCAGGCCGAGCUGUGGGAAGUGUGAGCCGGAAGCUGACCGACUACCAGCUAGGGGCAGCCCCCUCCUCCUCGGGGGUCUCAGAUGGUGGGGGUGACGAUGAGUUGCUGGGGGAGAUUCUGGGAGAGCUUGGAGCAAAGUCUGAGUCUCGGGCAGGUGGGGUCGCAGAGAAAUGUGUUCCUGGUGCUAACAUGUCAAGAACUAAACAGAGGAAGGUGUCACAAACACAUGUUGAUGUUGGUGCCAUGACUGAAGAGGAAUUAGAGCUGUUCCGUACUCUUGAUACUUCGUUUGAAGUUGACAAAGGGGAGACAACUCCCGAGUCGGAAUCUCCAAGUAUUAUUAUGCCAAGGAGAAAGAAGAAAGACAUCGACAAUGCUAGCAAAGCUCCUGUGAUGAACCUUCUUCUUUCUCAUCCUUCCAAGGUUAGCCACAGUGGAGGGUUAUCACAGGGGUCAGAGGUCAUGGAGGUCAAAGAGUCAUCACAAGGGUCAGAGGUCAUGGAGGUCAGGACUCCAUCGCCGACCUCAAGUCAAGAUCUGUGUGAAGAGCUGUCUCAUCUGUCACCUUUCAAAGAUGUCAAUCAGGAAAACUCCCCGAGGUUGCCAGAUCCUGGCUGUGCGGCUGACAGAUUUAACCGCUACAGGGUUUCAGCAGUGUCACAUGGAAGGGAGGAGGUUGUGCUGAAUCUGGAGAGUGUUGGUGGCGGUGACGAUGCAAGAGACAGUCAUAGAGAGGCAGAGCAGAAGUGUGUUCUGAAAGGCUUCUGGAUGGACAGUCAUGUGUCUGAGGGGGACAUUGUACAUGUCCUCGCUGAUUGCAGUGACGGUGUAUAUCACGUCACUGACAGGGCUGGGGUCAUUGUCGUGUGCCCCGACCUUCUGCUGUCAGGGACGUCCGUCGUCUCCGGAGUCUUCUGCAUGAGGAGGUCGGUGUUGAAUGAAAAGUUCAAGGGAAGUGAUGACAAGAGUAUUCACAUGUUGUUCGGGAGCAUCAUCCACUGCUUGUUUCAGCAGGUUGUGAAGCAGGGUCUGACUACGGAGAAACACAUGCUGGAGGUGGCCAAGUCUGUCAUGAAGCUGAACAAAUUCCUCCACGAAAUGUACAGUCAUGUGACCAAUGAAUCUGUGGUGCUGGAAGAAAUACACAAGUACAUUCCAACGCUCAAGAAAUGGGUGGAGAAAUACUCUGCUCUCACACCUCAGACCCUGGCAACAAACAGUUCCGACGUGAAGGUGGUGAAGGUCCAUGACAUCGAGGAGAACAUCUGGUCACCUCGAUUUGGUGUCAAGGGAAAGAUAGAUAUGACAGUACAAGUUGAGUUCCCCAAAGCAGCGAAGCAGAAGAAGAAAGUUCUUCCCCUGGAGCUGAAGACGGGAAGACCCACCUUCUCCAUCGAACACAAGGGCCAGGUGACGUUGUAUUCUAUGAUGAUGUCUGACCGUCGUGAGGAUCCAGAGGAAGGGCUAUUGCUGUACCUCAAGGAACCUGUCAUGACGAAAGUGGCUGUCAAGGGAGACAACAAGCGAGGUCUCCUACAACUGCGGAAUGAGCUGGCAUUCUACGUGAAACAACAGGUAACCAAGUCCGUGGAGGAUGGUCAUGUCACCUACCAGUACGGGCAUCUGCCCACGCCCAUCAACAGUCACCGGUCCUGCAGCAAAUGUCCACAGCUGCUCAACUGUGCCAUUUACCAGCGACAUGUUGAGGGUGUGAACCACGGCGCUGGUCAUGCGAUGGAGACGCUGGUGCCGGAGACUCUGGGGCACCUGCAGCAGCGGCACGUGGACUACUAUCUGCACUGGUGUGUGUGUCUGGAGAUGGAGAGUCGUGUUGCCAGGGGCAGCAACAUCACCGACAUCUGGUGCUGCAGCAGCCACGACAGAGAGAAGAAAGGAGACUGCUUGUCAGGAAUGGUGAUAAAACACACCAAGAUGGCGGAUGUUGCAGAAAGUCAGCGUUUUGCUGAGGGAGAGAGCUGUAUUGUGACAUUCAAGAGACACCCUAGUCAUCUCAGGCACUUUCCGGCACCUCUUCACACUCUCGGAUUCUCCAAGAACGACUCGGUGGCCAUCAGCUCUGAUGAUGGGCGUCUCCUUGUCCUCUCCUCCGGCUUUAUAUACAACAUCAGUGAAGGCACAGUGGACAUUGUUGUAGACAGGGGCGUCUUCCACGAGGACCCAGCACUGCGGAACAUCACCUACCGCCUCGACCGCUGUGACAACUUCAACACCCUUGGCUACCUCUUCACCAACCUCUCCCGACUGCUUACCAACCAACAUUCCAAGGAGAGGCUAAGAGAGCUGAUCAUAGACAAGAAGAAGCCCCAGUUCCAGCUGACAAUGUCCAAGGGCACCAUUGAGAAAGUGAAGCCCAUCUUCAAAUCUCUCAACAAGCCACAGAAGGCCGUCAUCCUCAAGAUACUGAUGAGCAAGGACUACGUGCUGAUCAAGGGCUACCCUGGUACAGGUAAGACCUCCACCAUCGUGGCCCUGGUCCGCAUCCUCAGCUGCCUCGGUCUCUCCGUCCUCCUGACCAGCUACACCCACUCCGCUGUCGACAACAUCCUGCUCAAACUCAAGAAGCUGAAUGUAAACUUUCUACGGCUGGGUCGUCUCGGCAGGAUCCACCCCGAUCUUCAUGACCACGCCGGGGAGGUCCUCACGUCCAAGAUAACCUCCGUCCAUGAGCUGCGCACAUUCUACGAGUCACAGAACAUAGUAGCCACCAGCUGCCUGGGUGUGAACCACCCUAUCUUCUCACAGCGCAGGUUUGACGUGUGCAUCGUGGACGAGGCGUCGCAGGUGCUGCAGCCAGCUUGUCUCGGACCUCUGUUUGCAGCAGACCGGUUUGUGCUGGUCGGGGACCCCAAGCAGCUGCCGCCAGUUGUACAGAGCAGGGAGGCCCGGGAACUGGGUAUGGGGGAGAGUCUGUUUGCUCGUCUUGAUGACGCUGGUGCAACCUUUGACCUGAACCUCCAGUACCGAAUGAACAAGACCAUCAUGCACCUGAGCAACGAGUUGAUGUACAGCGGUCUGCUGCAGUGUGGGAGCAGCGAGGUGGCCGACACCUGUCUGGUCCUGCCUGAACCCAGUGUCCACAGCCGACUUUGGCUUGACCGGGUCCUCACGUCCGAUCUGCAGCAUGCAGCCAUCUUCCUGGACACCAACAAGGUGCCGGCCCCAGAGUCGUCCGAUGGUAAGGGCAUGUUGAAGAACACCGUAGAGGCUGAGCUUGUCCUCAUCAUCGUGGCAUCACUGGUCCAGUGUGGCUUGUCCAUGGAGGACAUUGGAGUCAUUGCUCCCUACCGCCACCAGGUAAAGCUCCUGCAGCAGCUACUUCACCAGCGCCACCUAGUGGCAGUAGAGGCCAACACCGUCGACCAGUACCAGGGCCGAGACAAGAGCAUCAUCAUCAUGUCCUUCGUCCGCAGCAGCUCACAGAACAACAAGUCUGGAGAGCUGCUCCAAGACAUCCGGCGCCUGAACGUGGCCGUGACGCGAGCUAAACACAAACUGAUCCUAGUCGGGGAUGCCAGCACUCUGCGUCAGUUUGAUCCUCUCCUCAAAGUCAUCACGACCAUGGAACACGACAACCAAAUCCUUGCCUUGCCGCCUGAUGCACACGGGUGACAUGGAGUGCUGCUACGUGGUCGUGUUUGGGACAGUGAGCGUCAGCCGCAGUACCCUAGUGGUGCUGUCAUGGUGGUCCAUGCUGGUGCCCAAGUGGUGGUGGUGCCAUAGCAGUGUUGGUGCCAUAGCGAUGUUGGUGCCGUAGCGGUGGUGGUGCUGUAGCGGUUGUGGUGCCGUAGCGGUGUUGGUGCCGUAGCGUUGGUGGUGCCGUAGCGGUGUUGGUGUCAUGGCGGUGGUGAUCAGUGGUGCCCUCACCACUGUGGCACUAAGAGAACAGCCCUAAUGAUUUGUCACCAUAAAGUGCUACUGAUGGACAUAUCUACAGUAAAUAUGACAUUUGCUAUUCAAUACAUGAAAAUAUUUAUAUACACAAUUUUAAUAAAUUCUUAACUUGUA